AUGAUUAACCUCUCCUAUCCCAACGGUGAUGAAUCUUUAGCUCAGGAGGCCGACUUUCCGGAUCAGGAUUCGCAAUACACCCCCACUCCAGGAUACUAUGAACAAACCCCACCCUCCGAUUAUGGGUUCAGCACUUCACCGGCCCGUUGCCCCCAGGACCGUCCUGAAUCCUUCACCUCUCCCAAACCGGGCAUCCCCAAGCUGCUUCAGCUUUUUGAGUGGGAAGCAAGCAGCCCAGAUGACGAGCUUCACGGGAACGUCGUUCGGUAUAUCAUCGAGUGGAAAGUGAAAGUGAAGACUUCAAGCCUUACAGUGGUAUUCUACCACUUCUUCAGGUCGUCAAUACUGUAUUAG